AUGGGCGAUCGACUCAACGUGACCGAGCUGUACCGCUCCUACUGCGCGGAGGAGGAGUGCCGCGCCAACUCGGCGGUGCUGCGCUACAUCGAGAACCAUGGCGUUACGCAACCCUUGGAGGAGCUAGUGCUCAGCAGCAACUACCUCGGCCCGCGCGGCCUGUGCCCCAUCAUCCGGCUAAUAGCAGACUGCCAGACGAUUACGCGACUCAAUCUCGACGGCAACGGCGCCGAUAACACGACGGUCGAGUUACUCUGCGCGGUGCUGGAAAAACACAUGAGCAUCCAGUCGCUGAGCCUACGCAGCAACCCCAUCACUGUGACUGGUGGGAAGCACUUGCUGUCGCUGGUGGAGCGCAACCCAAACAUCACCGCUGUCGACCUCACUGGGACAGACGUGUUUGACGCGCUCAUCUACAAGAUUCAAGUCGCAGCAGAGGCAAACAAGCGGCGUAUGGUAAAGGACGUGCCACAACUAACCCCAACGGAGGUGGACAUGCAGCAGAUGACACGCGGCCACAUUGGCUGUACGGCCGCGCGGCCUUCAGUCGAGCGACCGUCACUGGCAACGUUACCGGCGGUCGUGAGGGACACAACGGCAUCCACAGUGGCAGCUGCAGCAGCAACAUCAGUAGCAGCUGGCGGCCGCAAGUUGCUGUCGAGACACGAGCAGCUGCCGCAGGGGUUGAAGGGCGGGCCGCUACUCACGCGUGUGCAGCCACGCCCGCCAAUCCCGGCAACCGCCUCGCGAGAGUCGACGAGGCUGCCGGAGUUGCGGCGGCAGGAACUGCGGCGUCGCUAUCGCGAGAAGGCGCUGCUGUUCCGUGAGAUCAACGCCAGCCAGGCGAGCAGAGCGGCGGACCGCGCACGAGAAGAGCUGAUGCUUCUGGAGCAAAACACGAGGAGCGCCAACACGCGCAAGACGUGGGAGGCGAGAGCAAUGGGGUCCACAUCCAAGUCGCCCCAUUCCACACACGUGCUGUCUGUCGAGGUUGUGGAAAUGCCAAGCACCGGGGCCAACACGAGCGUGGAGCCGUCCCCGAAACAGCAACUGCAAGAUGAAGAAAAGGGAACGCAAGGAGACUCUGUUGCGGACGUUGCCGGGGAUGCCUUGGAUAAUGCGAAUGAAACAGGAAAGCGAGAUGGUGGAAACGAAGAUGCCGGCAGAAACACCAUCUGCGGCAAUAAGACACCCGUCACGGACGCGGAUCCGCUUGCUGAGGCAUCGGUCAUACCUGGCGAAUGCAGCGAAGAUGUAGGAACCGAAAGCGAGUCAGCUGCUGCCACAGCGGCAGCAGCAGAACUGUUUGCGUCGGGUGAUGCGGACGAAGACGACGACGGCGACGAAUCAUCUCUGGAUGUGCUACGAAAUAGCCCGCAUUGGAUGGCGCUCGACAGUGUGGAGCAGUUUCAACGUCUCUUCGACAGCGGCUGCCGCGCCUAUGUGCGGCAGCACUUCGAUGUGGCCUAUACCGCGUGGAACGAGGCGAUGGGUAUUGCGGUGAGCAAGAACAACCGCGAGUGGAUGGCGGUGCUGUCCAACAACCUGCAGCGGCUGAGCUACGAGAUGUUGGUGCGGGAGGGCGUAGAGCAGCUCGACCACGACCAGCUUGAGGAGGCGGAUGCGGCCUUCCAGCGCGCGCUGGAGGUGGCCCAGAAGGCGCACAACGCCAAGUGGGAGGGGGAAAUGUACAAGGCGCGCAAAAACGUGCAGCAUGCCGUCUUCCAGCGCUGCCACGAGGCGGCGCUGAAGGUGUUUGAGCGGGCACAGCAGCUGCCGGAGCAGAAUGUGACAGACGACGACUACUUUGUGGUGCCUGGCACAGACGUGAUGCUGCAGCACACGGCGUCGUACGUGAACGAGUGGCCGCGCAUGCUGUUGGUGAAGGAGGCGGUCGAGACGUGGACGGCGUCGCGCCGCGUGAUUGAUCGCAUCGGCGGCAGCGCCGGCCGCGUGCUGCUGAACGUUGUGGAGGAGGCACUCGACACCGUCGCCUGCUUCCUCGUGCAGCGCUGCUUCGACACGGAGGACACGCAGUCGCUGAGCUGGAUGCGCACCUCGCACUACAGCUACCACGAGUGCAUCAUGCUCAGCACGCUCUGGACAGACAUGGCGUCCUGCGACAAUUUUGCCACGCACCACAAACUGUUUGCUGCGCUUGCGGCGGCCCAGAUCGGCAACUUCUGCCUCGCCACAAAUCAGCUCAGCCACGCGCAGUCGCAGUUCGACACGCUCGAGACGCUUGCGGUGGAGCUUGACGACCCGCUCCUGCGCGCCGCCGGACGCACCUUCAGCGCGCUGGUCAACUGGCAGCGUGCGCGCUACGCCGCGGCGGAGUCGCUGCUGCGCGCGGCAGUGCUCGAGUGGGGUGUACUGCGGGAAGUCGCCGCGCAGCAGCGCAACAACAGCAGCAACAAUACGAACAAUGGCAUUGGUGGCUCCAAGUUGUUGGCGUCAGUGUCGGGUGACUUUGUAGCCAUGAUGGAGGCGGUAAGCUUCAAGUACCUCGUGUCGAGCAUUGCGAGCACGUACCGCUACGGCGAGGCACUGGAGGUGCUAGAGCGCGGCCUCGUCUCCAAGCACCGCGAUCUGCUGUUCGACAAGAUGAAGGUGAACUUCGGUGCUCAGCCGACGCUUGAUCACAUAGUGGCGACCUCCUCGCAGAUCCGCUCUCCGUUCCUGUACCAGAUGACGACGCACCGCUACGAGUGGUCGCAGGACGAGCGGCGUUACGUGGCGGACGAGAAACUGCACAUGUGGGUGGUGCCCCAGGGGAACGAGAUGCGCUACGUGGAGGUGGCUGUUACGAAGGACUUCAAGGUGCCAUCAAUCAACAGCCUCGUCGAGGCGGUGCGGCGUGGGCUUCUGCUCGACCCUCUCUCCGACUGCGGCACCGGUGCGAGCGACAUCGUCAUGACGUUCCCAAAGCGCGCGUGGGUGGAGCCGCUGCAGACGCUGUAUGCCAUCUUCAUCGACCCCGUCGUGGAGUUCCUGCGCGCACUCGACCCGCUCUUCAUGAGUAAUAACGGCGUCAUCACGUUGAUCCCGACGGAGCGGCUGUGGCUCGUGCCCUUCAACGCCCUCAUCGCGCGCAAUGGCAACUUCCUUGUCGAGGACUUCGCGGUGCAGAUGGCGUUCUGCGCGACGCAGUGCGCCUUCUCGGCGCUGAGCGCACGGCGGGUGCAGCAGCGGGACCUGCGCCGCGAUGUAGUGUUCGUGCAGCGCGAGACCGACACAACGGCGCCGCAGAUGCCGACGAUCGUCACAUUCCCCUUCGACGCGCUGCGGUCGCAGCAGGAGGGAGAGACAAUUGUGCGCACGCUGGAGCAGCACAAGCGCGACGUGCGGCACAGCUCACGCACCACCGACUCCGUGUCCGUCACGCGCAGCUCAGAGGUGCUCAUUGACGAUCUCGAUGCGCUGCGCAACUUCCUGCCGAAAAGCCGCACGGUUCACAUCACCGCACCGACGACGUGCGCGACGCGCAACGACGAAGGCGGCGCGGGUGCCAUCUGCGUGGCGGUGUCGCGGGAUGAGGUCGGCCUGCUGCGCGCGUCGGAGAUCGCACGCAUGGAACUCUUCGCGGAGCUGGUGGUGAUGAGCAACACGAAUAUGUCGACCGCGCGUGUGGCGGGGACGCACGACGACGUGCAGGGCCUCAUCCGCGGCUUCGUUUCCAGCGGCGUGCCGUGCGUCAUUGUGGGACAGUGGUGCACGCCCGACAUGGUGCCGUCCAAGCUCUUCGCGAAGUUCUACGAGCUGCUGUCGGAGGCAAACAGACAGCAAAAACAGCAGAAGCAGCAGCAGCGCUCUGUCUCGGCGAACGACACGACCACAACAUCCGCAACAGCAGCGGCGGCGGCGGCGGCGGCGGCGGUCGCCGCCACGAUGGCGGAGAACCCCGUUGACGAGGAGGAGUUGGGUGCCCACGACGCGGCGAAUUUGCAUUGCCACAAGGCGCUCAUCCUUGCGUGGGCCAUUCGUGCGCUACUGGAGGAGAGUUUCUUCCGCUACUCGCCACGCACGUGGGCGGGCUACUGCUGUGUUGGCUACGGCUCGUAUCAGUAG